UUUGUGUCCCCCGACCUUUCUCUCUGUGUUCUCUCUCAGUUCUAUCUUCUACCUCACUCUCCCUUAUCGCCCCCCCUCGGCUCUCUCUAUCUCAGCCCCUCCGCGGGCUUUUCUCAUCAACAAACAACAACAUCAACAUCUCCAUUAACACCCUAGUGAGCUUAGAAUCGAAAAAGAACAUCCCGAACCCCUCCCUUUCUCUCGUCCUACACUGUUCACCGAAGUUCUCCGGCGAGUUUUCUCCUCCUCCGGCGAAGGAACCUCACGGGGGAAAACUUCCCCAGUUUUCCAGCGAGCACCGCCCCUUUCGAGGCAAUUUCCGGCCAAUCCACGAUGAAUUGGCCGGCGUGCAAGUUUCCAGCAACCUCCGAGACUUUCAAGGCGUUUUCCGGCCAAACCAUAAAGAUUAGACGUCGUGUGAGGAUUUUAGUGGCAAAGGUUUCUUGACGACGAGGAUGGUUGGCAAAAGCUGCUAUGUAGGAGACUUCUCCUUUCGUUCUGUUGCCUACGAGUACUAUGAAAAUGCAUAGUUUCUCGUCGAUGACCGAUGUCACGACAUCUCCUCGAACGUUGACUUUAGCUUUGGCAGCUGCCAAGACAUCCCAGAACAGCACGACUGUUGAUGAGCCACGCCCCACAGAAAUGGAGGAGAAGAAGAUGGAAGUUGAGACGGGUUACAAGGGCAAGAAGAUCAAAGGGAGAGUGGUGUUGAUCAAGAAGAAUUUUCUGGACUUUAACGACCUUAAGGCGUCCGUGCUUGAUCGUGUUCAUGAGCUGUUUGGUGAAGGGGUUUCGUUGCAGCUUAUUAGUUCCGAAAAUGGGUUGAAGGGGAAACUUGGAAAGCCAGCAUACUUGGAAGAUUGGAUUACCACAAUCACAUCUUUAACACCAGGAGAGUCUGCAUUCGAGGUUACAUUUGACCAUGAAGAGGAAGUAGGAGUCCCAGGAGCAUUCUUAAUAAAAAACAAUCACCACAGUGAGUUCUUCCUCAAGACUGUCACACUUGAAAAUGUUCCCAGCGAGGACCGUGUACACUUCGUUUGCAACUCUUGGGUGUACCCUACUGAAAAAUACACCAAAGACCGUGUUUUCUUCGCCAACAAGACUUAUCUUCCAAGCGAAACACCACUGCCGUUGCGCAAAUACAGAGAAGAAGAACUAGUACAUUUGAGAGGAGAUGAUGAAAAAGGAAAAGGAGAGCUCCAAGAAUGGGACAGGGUUUAUGACUAUGAUUGCUACAACGAUUUGGGGAAUCCUGAUAAGGGUGCCAAAUAUGUCCGUCCUAUUCUUGGAGGGUCUAGUGAGUACCCUUACCCUCGCCGUGGAAGAACUGGCCGGCAAAAAACUAAGACAGAUGAAAAAAGCGAGAGUCGUCUGCCGCUUGCUGAGAGCUUAAACAUCUAUGUGCCAAGGGAUGAACGAUUUGGCCACUUGAAGUUGUCAGACUUCCUGGUUUAUGCCCUGAAAUCCAUAGCUCAGUUCAUUCAACCGGAGCUAGAAUCCUUGCUCGAUCAAACUCCUAAUGAGUUUGACAGCUUUGAAGAUGUCCUUAAGCUAUACGAAGGAGGCAUUCCAUUGCCUGAAGGUUUAUUAAAGCAUAUUGGAGACAGCAUCCCCUUGGAGAUGCUCAAGGAGAUCUUCCGAACUGAUGAUGCAAAGUUGCUCAAAUUCCCAAUGCCUCAAGUGAUCAAAGAGGAUAAGUCUGCUUGGAGGACUGAUGAAGAAUUUGCAAGGGAAAUGCUGGCUGGAGUGAAUCCUGUCAACAUUCGUCGCCUCCAAGAGUUUCCGCCUGCAAGCAAGCUAGAUCCAAAAGUUUACGGUGAUCAAACCAGUACAAUAACCGAAGAACAUAUAAAGAACAACUUGGAUGGACUAACUGUGGAUGAGGCACUCAAGAACAACAAGUUAUUCAUACUGGACCAUCAUGAUUCUCUGAUGCCAUACCUGAGGCGGAUAAACUCAACUUCAAACAAGAUCUACGGAAGCAGAACUCUCCUGUUCUUGCAAAAUGAUGGAACUUUGAAGCCAUUGGUGAUCGAACUGAGCUUGCCUCAUCCCAAUGGAGACCAAUUCGGUUGCAUUAGCAAUGUCUACUCACCAGCAGAACAAGGUGUAGAAGGCUCCAUAUGGCAACUGGCUAAAGCUUAUGUGGCUGUAAAUGACUCUGGAUACCAUCAGCUUAUCAGUCACUGGUUGAACACUCAUGCAGCGAGUGAGCCAGUUGUAAUUGCUACGAACAGGCAACUAAGCGUGGUUCACCCAAUUUACAAACUUCUGCAUCCUCAUUUCCGUGAUACGAUGAAUAUCAAUGCAUUAGCCAGGCAAAUCCUCAUCAAUGCUGGCGGUAUCCUUGAGACGACAGUUUUCCCUGCUAGGUAUGCCAUGGAGCUGUCAUCAGUUGUGUACAAGGAUUGGAAUUUCACCGAGCAAGCUCUCCCUGCAGAUCUCAUCAAAAGAGGAGUGGCAGUGAAGGAUGCAAAUUCUCCACACGGUCUUCGCAUACUGAUCCAGGACUACCCGUAUGCUGUUGAUGGGAUUGAAAUCUGGUUUGCAAUAAGAACAUGGGUUGCAGACUACUGCUCUUUCUACUACAAGACCGACGACAUAAUCCAGAAAGACACCGAGCUCCAAUCCUGGUGGAAGGAGCUAGUAGAGGAAGGGCACGGUGACAAAAAAGACGAGCCCUGGUGGCCGAAAAUGCAGACUCUCGAAGAGCUAGUCGAAAUCUGCACAACCAUCAUAUGGACUGCUUCUGCCCUCCAUGCAGCUGUCAACUUUGGACAGUACCCUUACGCAGGAUACCUUCCCAACCGCCCUACAAUAAGCCGAAAAUUCAUGCCCGAAAAGGGAACUCCUGAAUACGAAGAGCUUGAGUCCAACCCCGACAAGGCGUUCAUGAAAACAAUCACUGCUCAGCUGCAGACACUGCUUGGCAUUUCCCUCAUUGAAAUUCUGUCUAGGCAUUCAACUGAUGAAGUGUACUUAGGGCAGCGAGACACACCCGAGUGGACUGCAGACGCCGUGCCGUUGGAAGCUUUCGACAACUUUGGAAAGAAACUGGCUGAGAUUGAGGACAGAAUUACAAGUAUGAACAAUGAUGCGAAGUUGAAGAACCGGGUCGGGCCGGUGAAGGUGCCGUACACAUUGCUGUUUCCUACUAGCGGAGGAGGACUUACUGGCAAGGGAAUUCCCAACAGUGUCUCAAUCUAAAGCUUCUGUGAUUCUUUCUGCUAAUAACAACUGUUUGAGUUAGUUUUUGGGCCCUUAAGCUACUAAAUUAUAAAAACAAAGCAGUCUCAGCAUAACAGAAAUUUGGUAGUUUAUACCCUGGUA